AUGUCUGGAUCAUCUCAAGAUCCCUCCCCGCUACCGCAAGUCGUAUCCAAAGACAUUCUCGUGGACCACUCAAAGUCAUCAUGGAUGCGUCUCUACGUCCCCACUACCGCACUAAACGGCGGCGUUGCGUCUAAAAAACUUCCUCUCGUUGUCUACUUCAACGGUGGAGGUUUCACCAGCCGCAGCGUCGUCGAAUCUGAAAUCUUCACCUUGGUUGUUGGAGGUAUUGCGCGUGAGAUCAACGUGGUCGUUGCGUCACCUUCGUACCGGCUAGCUCCUGAGAACAAACUCCCGGCGGCUUACGAAGACUUCGGGGUGUACGCGGUUGAGUGGCUAAGAAACAAGUCCGAAGAAGACGAGUGGCUCAAAUCUUACGCCGAUCUUUCUAACGUCUUCCUCAUGGGGACAGGCACCGGUGGUAACGUGGCUUACAACGUCGGGCUUAGAUUCAUCGAGAAAGAUCUAACUCCGUUAAGUAUCCGUGGAUUGAUCUUAGAGAGUCCCUUAUUCAGCGGCGAAGAGCUGUUCCCGUCUAAUAUGAAGAAAAUCGGACGGUUGGAAUGGAAGGUGAUGGUGACUGGAGUAAGAGGAGAUCCGCUGGUGGAUAGGCAGAGAGAUGUGGCGAAGUUGAUGAAGGAGAAGGGAGUUGAUGUGGUGGAGCGUUUUGACGGCGGCGAUCUGUUUACUUCCGUCAGAAGUUUCAUUUACUCUUCUGCACCGUAA